AUGCCAAGCAAGAAAAAGCAGCAGCGAGGCAGAGCUCCCCCAUCCAAGGCGGAGCUGCGUUUUCAUGCUGCUUCCCUCUCAUAUCUACGCCCAGGAGAUCCUGGAUUAGCCCCAAAUCUCCGGCCUUUCAGUGUCAAGCUAAAUGUGGUUGAGGCUAAUGAGGUCCUGACCGUGCCUGACUGUUACCGUGACUUAACCAUGAGGAGUCUGAAGAACCGACUGGAGCUCUUAGCUGGAAUCCCUGUGAAUUUCCAACGCCUCCAAUACCUGGAUGAAGUGGAUCUUGAUGACAAUUCUACAUUUAAGAUGAAUGAUAUCAUUCCUGGGGGAACCAUCACCAUGCGGAUCUGGCAAGAAGAUGCUUGGGCACGUUUGGUGUCUACAGCGGCAAAAGGAAAUUUCAUAGGGAUGCCAUGGAAUUAUCCUGGGACCUUCUGCAAGAAGAUGCUCUUCCAUGGAACGAUGACCCCAUCCCCUAAGGGGAAACAUCUGAAAAGUCUCCAAGGUUUAGGAGCCACAAUGCGCUCCCCCUUUAGAACAGCACAUGCAGCCCGGCUGAAGCCAGAAGCACUGAAGGACUGGUUAGCACACCGAGCCUUCGUGGCCUUAUUCAUCACUGCGCACAGGGGCCACUUGCCAGCUGUGGAAUUUCUGCUUGAGAAUGGUAGUAUUCCAAGUUCAGAAGAGGCCAUCGUUGUAACUGUCUACACAGAACUGUUUGUGCCGAUGUGCAACUUAGAACACCAUUGGGCAGAACAGCCCUCCAUGUUGCUGCCACUUCAGGCCAACUUGACUGUAUUAAAUGUCUUCUUAAUUAUGGGGCCAGAGCCAAUGAUGAAGACUAUGAGAGGCAUAACGCCACAGUCCUUGCCCGCCUGUGGGGCCAGAAGGAAAGUGAGCGCAAAAUCUUCCGGUACCAGUGGAAGAUGCGACGUGCUCCUAGCAGUAGCCAGCGCCCUCCCAAGUCCAGAUCUGACGGGAUAGUGAAAACUUGAUUCCAGGCAUCAGAUGUGAAGGUGCUGAGAAGGCUUGGUUUGGACAUCAACGAGUGUUUCUCUCAGCAAUGUGGAAUCUAAAUUAUAUGGGAGUGGGAGAAAGUCUAUUUAAAAAACAAAGCACAGUCAGAAGAGUGAAUUUAUGGUUCACAGUCAGAACAGUGAAUUUAAGUGAAAUGAAUUUAUGGUUGCAAGUGAAGGCCAAUGAGCCAGUA